AUGUCCCAAUCCGGCGAUGCUGAAGGUGGUGAAGAUCCUAGUCCUGGAGGCCGGAUCACGAGCCUCGGGCUACCGUCUUCGAGUAACCAGGGCGAUUCAAAUGGCAUUGCUUUGCAGGUUGCAAGACUCAAACGACUACCACCUGAGUCCCCCCAGCGACUAUUUGCAUGCCCCUUCUUCAAGCAUGAUCCAUCAAAUUGCCGCGUAAUGAGUUGCAUCAGCACUGGGUGGCCUAGCAUACAUCGUCUUGAGGAUCACAUCUUCAGAAACCACCGGUUGCCAGAACACUUCUGCCUUCUAUGCUAUGAAUCGAUGCAAAACGCAGAUCAAUUAAAAGAACAUCUUCGUGGUCGUAUCCCAUGUGAGCUGAAGGACAGCGUGGGCAUACACUACCUCAAUAACGCGCAGAUGCGUGAAAUAAAAGAAAGGAGCGAGGGACCUCGACAGUCCGAGGAUCAGAAAUGGAAAGAUAUGUAUCUGAUUGCAUUUCCUGAUGUGGACCAGAGUUGCACACCGUCGCCAUCCCCUGCUUUUAACCCCGACUACUUUGAUGAAAAGGUAUCUUUUGUGGAAUGGAUUUCUGACGUCGGAGAUGCACUAAAGAAAAAGGCACCUAUAGAGCAAUAUUUCACUGGUCCAUUAGGAUCUUCAAUUCCGCAACAUGAAGAGAAGGAGCUUGAGACUAUGCCAAAGGAAAAUAAAGUGAACGUAUCCAGCGCUUCUAAGGAACAGGGCACAUUGGAAACUUCUAGCUUGCUCGAACUAUGCUUAAGUGCAUUUGGUGCCUUCGACAGGACAUUUGAGCCAGAUGGGGUGGAUUCAGACCAAAUCGAUGGAGCAGCAGACAUGAGAUCAGAAGUUGCGAAGGUAAAGGCACGCAGAAAUGUUAUGUCAUUCUUCUUGAUUCAAUUUCUAUUCCGCACAGUUCGUUAUCGCGGGAAUCAGCUGGGGUUGCUUCAGGGACCCGUGUCCGAUUCAGGCUAUGGGACAGCUUCGCUUCUCAGCGAGAGGUGCUUCCAUCAUGAAAUUAUAGCGCGCCAAUCUACGAAGUCCGUAUUGGAUGUGCCCAUUGCCGGCGCUUAUUCCAACCAGAAAAAUGCCAUGGUGGAUGAUGUGAACGAGACUGAUUUCAACGAUAUGGAGACAGUAUACACAGACAUCAGUGGUGUUGAUGACACGACAACCGAAAGUUACAGCGCCAGGCUAGCCCAAGACCUGUUUAAACGGAUCAAAGCAGAGACUCUGCCCAGCCCGGUGAUCGAUGCAUUAACCACAGCUCUUCCAAGGCUGCUCAAAUCAUUUGCACUAAACCUAGGUUACGAGUCUUCAGCACAGAUGCACCGUGAUGCAAUGGUCUUCAUUCAUAGGAACCGCUACGCAAUCGCAGAGUCCUUCAGGUCUAUGGCUCGAGUAUCGGACCCAGAAGAAGAUGUUCGACCGAAAGUCCAUGAGAGCUCUACCGAGAUUAUGGAUCGGUGGCUGAACAAUUCAGACGAGGCGGAGUAUGAGGACAUUGUCACUUCAAUUCAAGAUUACGAGGAUACACCCAUUGACGAAGAAAUGACACAAUACAGCCAAUUUAUCUUUGGGGAACACAGUUACGAAUGGUUGGUAAGCCGAUUGCGCAGGGAGUUAUUGUUUUCCAGAGCAGAUCCGGACGCUAUGAUGGAGAUUGGAGAGACAAUCAACCGAUCAAUACCUAGAGCAAACCAUGUGAGUCGAAGGAAACCUCCACAGGGCGCAAAUGUCAUAUUUGCGGUCGACUGGGAUAUCCUUAGAUUUCUUCGGGAGCAGGAGUAUGAGGAGCCUAAUGCUGAGGCUAUUGCGAACGCUAUUACGCUAACUGGAUCUUGUGUGGACGCACAAGCGCUCAGCUGUUCCGAAUACUUGUCUCAGACGUGGCCAUUGACUGGUUCCUACAUACUUCUUCUAAUCCAGAAAUUGCUGAGAAGCCCUGAUGGUGAAAGCCAGGUCGUGGUGGAAACCCCUUCGAAACUUUUACUCACUGCUUCCAUCGAUGUCCCAAGAGUCAUUGUGGGGUUAUCAGGCCUCCCAGACUUCGCGGCAGAGGUCGGUGAGCAGCUUGCAUGGCUAAGCGCUGCCUUACGGCCAUCGCCCGGCGAUCCAAGCGGCGUAUACUGCACCCCAUACGUCGACAGUAUAGUCCCACGCUUUGAUAAAGCCAUGAUCUUUGACUGCAACAUCAAAUGCAGGUUCGAGGCAAUUGGCGAGACAUCCUCGAUGACGAACGGCCAGUGCUGGCAUCAUAUGUUCAAGCAGCUGGUAAUUGCCCGAGGAUUCCCAAUACCGCGGCGUCUGAAAACGUCGACAGGGCUGGAACUACCGCUCAACAUGAUGGCCGCACUGACGAGGUCCAGGUAUAUCAAUACCUUUAACUCAAAAGUAUUCAUCAAAGGCUUUUCGACUAUGCUAGUCCCGACAAAACGAUCCGAUGACACACUUCUCUGGCAUCUCCUCUACAAUGAAGAUCCUCAUACCCAUAUUUCCUAUCUUAGCUGUAACAUUGAGCAUGCGGACGUGAAGUUGACUGAUGUGGAAAAGUGUCGCCACGUCCUGGGCUGGUGCGUGGAUGCGGUAUGCAAUACGGGGACCUUGGCGGCUGACUACUCCAUUGGAAAAUCGAAUCUCCCGUAUGUUCACGCUGGUUGUGCCCUCGAGAAAGUCGAGCUAUCAGCUGGUCAAUUUGUCACGGGAACAGCUUGCUUCACUUUGGGAAACAGGGAGAAGCCCGUCCAUAUCUCCAGGUUUGGGUACUUCACGAAGCUUCAGUGGAUCUCUUCCAAGUAUUUUCUUUUCUGGGACGAGGAACAGAAAAGGGGCUGGCUGGCGAAUGGAGCUAGCACGUUACUUCAUCUGCUGCGAGCAUCCCUCGUGCAUAGCAAGCGCAAAUUCCGUUCUGCCUUUCUGAUAGGUCCGCAUGAUCUGCUAGACGCCGAAAACCCUACGCUGCCAGGGUCUGCGAUAGAAGUUCUCAUUAACCCGAAGAAUCGCGAGCUCAAGCUGUACGUGGAGAAGAGCAACGUGUUCGACGAAGAAACCAUUGAAGGUUCGACCCCCAGUGUCGUGUCCAAAAGGCAUACUACAUACUACCGUAUGGAGGAUCGGGUAGAUCAUAUCUAUAACUGCCUCGAAAAGCUGAUCGAGCACCAAAUAGACGUGGAGCGACGAAGUGGACUACAGUUCAACCUACUGCCAAGGCGACAGCUGGAGGGGUGGGAUUUCAAGGACUUGGUGGCAGACGGAGAUCCAUUCCUCCCACGAGUUGCAACUCUCAAGACCAUUGGAAAAGGCUGGGUUGACUUUAAGCGGUCUAUAAAUGCAGUGACUCUGUUUGGAUGCAACUUCGGCGAGCUGAUUCAACCGAAACAAGCUGCUCUUAACUGUCUCCACUGGAAUAGCUUGCCGUGCGAGAAGUAUUACCUCGCUGCCUGUACGGCCGACUUGAUUGAAAUCAUGGAAACCCGUGGCAAUCUUCAUUCCAAUCCCAGGAGGUUGUGCCGCGAUGUUAUCUGGCACAUGAAACAAUCUGCGUUCGGCCAGUGCCCAUGUGGCGGUAUUGACAGACCAACUCACCAUGACCCCGUCCAAGCUCUAUUUCCUCUAAAGUUUAUGUUGGGUCUGAGGAAGAAGGUGCAGGUAAGACUGGAAGAUCGUGGUGCGGUCGUCUUUGGCCACAGCAGGAACCUUCACUGGCAUUGGAAAGACACCGGCGACCCAGUAAAGGGUGACCCUGCCGCUGAUGUGGAAGACUCUGGGGAUUCGUUCAAUGAUAGCGGGCUUGGUUCGAGCCUCAGCCCAUCAACCACCCCGCUUGACACCCAAGAGAGCAGAGCUACAUCCUCACUUAGUGGAAGUGAUGAAACUCAGGCCAGCGCGCCAUUGAGCAGGGCAACAUUAUUGGCCCCGUCCUGUGCGCCGACAAGCCUGCGCGAUCGGCUUUUGACUGGAUCAAAGCGUCACUUCCAGGAGGCUGCAUCUUCGGCGAAAAAGAGAAUGAAGCCGUAG